AAGUCAGCAGUAUUUUUUGCAGGACUGUAGUAGUUUGGAUGUGUGGCUCUGGAUGGUGGAAGGAGUGUUUGAUAGGAGUGUUUCUUGGGAUCUGUGUAAAGUGUUUCCAGGAGUUUCUGACUGGCAUCAGCCUUGAUUCAGGGAUAAAUUUCUACUUCCUGGGCAAAAUAGAGGCAAGUGGGCCAAAAAAGAAAGCUCAAACUAACUCGUUCUGGCUUCAUUCAGCUGAGAUCCUCUAUCCUGGAUGUGAAUUUUUGUUUCCUCAGGCUUCCAUGAUGUUUGCCCAGUGCACCCAGAAGUGCACGAGCUCCGUGCUGCUGAUCGUGCUGCUGUGCUGCAUCCUUUCUCCUCCAGCACAAGCCAGCAAGAGCUCGGAGGACAUCCGCUGCAAGUGCAUCUGUCCCCCAUACCGGAACAUCAGUGGGCACAUUUACAACAAGAAUGUGUCGCAGAAGGACUGCAACUGCCUGCAUGUUGUGGAGCCGAUGCCGGUGCCAGGGAAUGAUGUGGAGGCCUACUGCCUGCUGUGUGAAUGCAAGUACGAGGAGCGCAGCACCACCACCAUCAAGGUGAUCAUCAUCAUUUACUUGUCUGUGGUGGGGGCACUGCUGCUUUACAUGGCUUUCCUUGUGCUGGUGGACCCUCUGAUCCGGAAGCCAGAUGCUUAUACCCAGCCCCUGCACAAUGAGGAGGAGAACGAGGAUGCUCGCUCCUUGGCCGCAGCCCCGACCCCGUCUGGCGCUAGAGCCAACACGGUGCUGGAGAGGGUGGAGGGGGCCCAGCAGCGCUGGAAGCGCCAGGUGCAGGAGCAGAGGAAGACAGUUUUCGACCGCCACAAGAUGCUGAGCUAGAUCUUUGCGGAACUGUGCGGCACCACUUCCCAAGAGACAGGGUAGCUCCGCUGGUCGAGACAGACAGCAAGUCAUCCUUCAGGACAUCCGUGGUGUUUGACUGAAAGCUCUAACCCUCUCUGAUUUCCGUCUUCAUAGAGAGAAGCAGACCAAAAUGCUUGCCUCUGAUUUUGUCCCCUUGCCCUUUACCUCUCAGCCCAGAGGCUCCUUAACCCUUGCCUGGCUGAGAUCUGCACUGAUCGUUAGCCCUGGCUGCAUGUAAAUGGGCGGUCGUAUGCAGCGCUGCUGCCCCGGUUCAUGGGCUGACUCGAGCGGGGGCUGCAGCUCCAGUGCGCUGCGCUCAGCUGGAGCCUGCGGGCACCGCUUGCUGGGACCGAAGUCUCCGUCAGCCCACCCCCGCAUCAGAGACAGGGGUCUCGCCACGGAGUGUUGGAAGCUGGCUGAGUCUUCCUGGGAUAAAAAUAGUGGGAUAAUUUUUAUGUGGGAUAAAUUAUGUGGCGCUCCUGCAGGAUGAAGAAGCCGCCUCCUCCUCCAGUUUGCGUCGAUGUUAAUUGGGCGUCGUGGUGCUGAGAAGGGUGUUGCACUGGAAGGAAGAGGAGGGGGUUCCCUGCCAGGGGUCAGCUGCUGCUUGCACUUACCCUGGUGUAAAUGGAGUGGAUUUCCACUCUCUUCAGUGGAGUCUGUCCAGAUUUACACCAGCAUAACUGAGAUUGCAGCUUGUUUCUGUGUAGGUGAAUAUCACAAAACUGAUUAAUACAUUCACAAGUAAGAGACCAACAGGUAAAAGGUUGAUUUACGUUUAUGUCUUUUCCUGCUUUAGCAGUGGAUAAAAACAUACUGGGGAGAAAGCUUUCCGUUUGUACCCAUGUUGGUUACCCUUGAUGCUCUCACAGUGUGGUCAGGAGCAUUUGUGUCCAAGAGAACCGGGGCAAAGGCUCUACUGGAGCACUGUAAACACUUGUCUGGGUCUCGGGGCCCUGGAAAGGAGACACUUGUGCUAAAAACACUCCGAGAGCUCUGACUUACUUGGGCUGUGUGGAGGAAACUGAAGUGAUUCUGCAAUGUGUAUAUUGAUCCCACUGAGAACACUUAUUAUGUCAGGAAGGUGCUGGAGUUUAUUAUGUAGCAUCUCUGUAUUAAAUGCAGACAAAGAUCUA